AUGCUUUUUUCCUGGAAAAGAAAGGGGAACAAGCUACAUUUUAAUUUCAACACUGGAAUUCUAGAGGAUCUGGGUCAGAUUAGAUGGGCAUUGCUGUACGGGAAGACAGAGUAUGCCCUUGAAAUAGCUGAUGAACACGUUACCAAAAUCCAUCAGCGUAACAAGUUGAUAAAGAUUGCCGACACACCCAAGGGUUGAUGGGAAGCAGUCAAACAGUACGUGGCGAAUGAGCUGGCUUCGGAUUCCGAGGAUGACCGGAAAAUCACGCGAGCUGAUGGGUGAGCUCUCAAGAAGAUAAAGUCCAAACGUGGCAGGGGAGGGCGCUAUAACUCCGUGAAGGGUAGGUUGAAGAAGAAUGCUUCGUCUAGGCGUAAGAUCGGAGCUUCAGAGUUUGUUAUUGACAUUGUUGAGAAUGAAUAUAAGAUUCCUUUCCUCUCUACGGCAUGCGACAUGGAAUUAAGACAUAAUAUUUUGGCAAGAAAUAAUGCAGAGCUUGGGAGUCAGGCUGUGGAUGACCUCUUACAAAAAGGGCCAAGUGUAAAGUGUGUCAGUAGGGUGAGACAGAUGCACUCAGAGGUUGAGUUGAUUUCCCGAGAAAACAAGAAGAAAGCGGAUUAUUUGAGAAGAUCUGUGGUAAAGAUGAUUGGUGCAUAG